AGUUUGUUGACAAUUUUUGUUGGUAAAAUGUCAUCCCAAUGAUUUCAACACUUUCCACGCGAUUUUAAACAUAAAUUAACCCAAAAAACGGGAAAUUCCACUGAAAUUAAUUUUUUUCUUCGAAAAAAUUCUCGUAUUCGUUAAAAAAUCCUCGGGAUGAGCCUGGGAGGUCUAGUAGCUUACGGCAGCAGUGACGAGAGUGAAGAUGAGGUUACGUCCGACGAACAAAACCCCUCAGACACUCCAAAAAUAAUAACAAACAAUGGGAGGCAGUCGAGAGUAAGUGAACAGCCUCUGCCAGAAGUGGUGGAUAAAAUCCAGGGAAAGGAGUCCAGAGGGGACGAAAGUCUCCCUGAACCUUCGUUAUUCAAUUCUCUACCCAAACCGAGGAGCUGUCGAGCUACUCUAGAGGAAGAUGAUGAAGUUCCUGUGACCAGAAGCCCUCAAAUGCCCACAGAACUCCCUCAGAAGAGGGAGAAAGCCCCUGUGAAGUUUCUAGUUCCAUCUCUAUCUGACUUCAAAGAUGUCGACGAGGAGAUGGAGGAGAGGAAGACGAGGAAACAGCCUUCAUCUAGUGGAAGUGGUCUCUUCAGUAUGCUCCCAGCCCCCGGGGCGUCCCUCCCAAGCGCCAAGAAUCUCGUCCCCCACGUUCUCAGAAAGUCCGAGAACCCAGGGCCCCCCCUGACGCCCUCGCAGCUCCGAAAGCCCGUGAAAAAGCCGGAGCCAGUGAAAGCCUCUGCCCUGAAUUCCCUAAAAUACGACUCAAACUCCGAGGACGAAGAAGACGAGAGGCACUCAGUGCCCCAGAAGAACCCGGACUUUUUCUCAUUAUCGAAAUCAGUGGAAAUACCAGUGCCUGAGGAGGCGAUGGCAUCCCUCAUGCUGCCUCCGCCCCCAGAGAGAGAUUCCCCCCAAAAUUCCAGCAAAACCCCCCCAGAAAUGUCCCCAAGAGCUGAGGAGACUCAGACCCUGAGGAGCACAGUGAUGAACCUCCCCCGAGACGAGAUUCUCCUGAAGAAUCAGGCGGAAGUGGGCCCCAAACUACCAGUACCUGAGCAGGAGUAUCACCUGGAUGCCGAGGGUAAUGUGGCCUUCGACGAGAAAGCAAUCGAGUAUCUCUGCGGGAAACGAGGGAUAAAAAGGAAGAACGAACUCAUCCAGGGGACGAAUAUCAUCGACAUCAGUGGGGACGACAUAAAGCCGGACGAGAGGGAGUGGCUGGUGAAGGCGUUGACGGAGGAGCCGGUGCAGAGGACAGUGUCUCUGUCCAGUGCUGGGCCCAGCAGUGCCUCCAAGAAGAAGCACCAAAUCACCUACUUGGCGCAUCAAGCCAAAGCCAUGGAGAUCGAGCUGCAGAAUCAAUGGGCUGCGAACAGAAUGGCUAGGAAACAAACGAAAUCUAAAUAUGGAUUUUGAUAUUGUGAAUACGAUUAUUGGGUAAACAACUGUAGAUUAUUCUUCGUUUUGUAUGAAUAAUAUUUUUGAUUGAUGAAAGUGGAA